AUGGCUGAGCAAGUGGCUCAACCAAUUCCAAGCGAUCAGGAGAAGGGUCCAGAGGAAGUCAUACUCGCUGACAAUGAGUCCGGCUAUGCACAGCGUCCCAAGUGUUUCAACAGCACUGUCCAAGAAUGUCUUUUUGUCUUGACGGCCACGAUGGCCAUCGGUCAACAGUCUUUUUUCCAGGGCGCCAUUGUGGGAGUGACGGCGGCCAUCGGGUCAGAUCUGAACAUGAAUUCCGCCGAAGUGACCUGGAUCAACGCUGGUGCCUCUCUCAGCAGCGGCGCCUUCUUGUUGUCCUUCGGCAAGCUCGCCGACAUGUUUGGCCGCAAGACCCUGUUCAUCAUCGGCAUGGCCGGCUUCACAAUAUCCCUGCUAAUCGCCGGGUUCGCCACCAAUGCCAUUUACAUGGACGUUUUCUCCGGGGUUCUAGGUUUAUUUGCAGCGGCCGUUGUCCCGCCCGCCGUCGGAGCCCUGGGCGCAGUAUACGAAAAGCCGUCAAAGCGCAAGAACCGCGCUUUUGCAUGCUUCAGCGCGGGUAAUCCCCUCGGGUUCGUGGGCGGCAUGAUCAUUUCGGGUAUUGCGUCGAACGAGUACAAUUGGCGCGCCUCGUUCUGGGCCCUUUCUGUUGUGUAUGCCAUCUUUACGGCUCUCACGGUGUGGACGGUGCCGCCGGACGGGUUUGCCCGGACGCCUGUUAGUCUUGAGGCUGUCAAGCGGUUUGAUCUGCUGGGCACUGCGUUGGUGAUUGUUGGGUUUGCAUUUUUCUCCAGCUCGCUCUCAUUAGCCGGCGAUGCCCCUAAUGGCUGGAAAACCGGAUAUGUGCUCGCCCUCUUCCUCGUCGGCAUUUUCUUGCUCGCUGCCUUUUUGUACUGGCAGUCCAUAGCCACGCACCCAUUGAUGCCACUGUGGAUAUGGCGAGACCGGAAUUUCUCGAUCCUAAUGGCAACCUUCUGCCUCGGCUUCAUGGGCUUCUCUGCCGUAACCUUCUUCCUAGCCCUCUACCUCCAGAAAGUCGAACACCGCUCCGCCCUCGAAAUCACCGUCCGGCUGCUUCCCAUGGUCGUGAGCGGAGUGUUGGUCAACGUGGUCUGCGGCCUGGUCCUGCACCGCGUCAGCAAUAAGCUGCUCACCGGCAUCGGCGCGCUGGCGUAUACAGCUUCAUAUCUCAUCCUGAGCUUCAUGGAUGAAGACGCCGUCUACUGGGCGUUCAUUUUCCCGGCUUUGGUGCUUGUGGUUGUUGGGGCGGAUAUUCAGUUCAAUGUCACGAAUGUAUGUUGCCCUCUUCUUCUCCUUUUGUGUGAUUCCAUUAUACCGUUACAACCACUUGAAGUUGCUUCUUUUCUCUUUCUUUGGGGCAUGGCUAAAUCUACUAGAUGUACGUCAUGUCCUCCCUCCCCCUCCGACCAAUCCAUCGCCGGUGGCAUCUUCAACACCGUCAGCAAACUCUGCAACAACCUCGGCCUGGGCAUCGCAACCUCCAUCAACAGCGCCAUGACCCACCAGAUGAGUGCCUCGACACCCGCCAUCCGCCCGUACCUCGGUGUGUAUUGGUUUGCAGCAGCCGGCGCGGGGCUGUCGCUGGUUAUGGUGCCGUUCUUGACUCUCAAGACGCAGGGGAGUAAGAUUGAGAAAAAUCAGUCGGAGAUACAGCAACAAGAGAGUGGAGAGGGAGUAGUUGUCAGCUCGGAAGAUGCGGAGACGAGCCCUCAGACGGUGGAUAUCGUAAAACGGUGA